GUCGUUUUUCUCCUCUUCAAUCUCAAAGUCCUUCCUGGCGCAUGGCACGCCCGCGUUCUCUGGGGUAUCUACAAGCAGACCACUGCCCCGACCGUUCAUAGCAGCAAGAAUGAUGCCAAGCCGCUGUUCAAAUAUCUAACCACCACCACCCGCGCCGCCCCUCUGGAAUGCGACUAUAACGGCCACAAGUCCAACAGCACCUACUUCACCGACCUCGACGUCAACCGUACCCAACUGCUCUGUCGAUUAUUCAAGCUCGUCCUAUCAGCCUCGCAUUAUGACCGCUCGAAACGGAAUAAACAUCUCAAUAUCGCGUUGGGCAGUACCUGCUGCGUGUUCCGGAAGGAGAUCCAGCCAUUGCAGGAGGUUGAGAUUUGGUCAAGAGUGUUAAGCUGGGAUGAGAAAUGGGUGUAUGUUGUUAGUUAUUUUGUCCGAAGAAAGUCCGGGAAGAGGGGCGGAGUGCCCCGGGAAGAGGAUAUCCUGGCUUCGGCAAUUGGGCGGUAUGUUUUGAAAGAUGGACGGAAGACGGUGCAGCCGAUUGAGGCAUUGAGGGAUUGUAGUCUCCUGCCGCUA